UUUAGUUUUCAAAUCGAAAACGAAUGAAGACUUAAACAGACAUCCAGUGUUUAUUAGUGUGUCUGUGAAGUUUUUGUUUUUUGCAACAAUUAAUCGAAUAUAUUGGAAAUAAGCAAUUCAUGACAAGUGAUAAUUAGUGAUUUAGUGAGUAAGUUCAUCAGUCCUACAACAUACAAAAUGAUAUUUUCAUUGGAAAAGUUUCGAGAAAAAUUUCCGGGUGCAGUGCCAUUCAUAUUAACCAUUUGCUAUCUCGAGAGAUAUGCAGCCGUUAGCAUCAUUGCGAUACUAGUUCUGUAUUUGAAUAGAAAAUUGAAUAUUGAUCCGAGUGCAUCCACUGCAAUCUUGCACGUAAACGAUUUUUUGGUAUAUUUUUUCACAAUUGUGGGUGGAAUCGUUGGCGACAGUUGGUGGGGAGCCUUCAAAACUAUCUGUUGGAUGCUGUUAGUUUAUGCAGCUGGUAUAGCAAUUGUCGCUGUUGGUGCUAUCGAAUCAUUAAAUGUUUCUGCACUAGCAUUGACAUGCAUCGGAUUGAUAACAAUUACUGUUGGCAGUGGAGGUGUCAGACCAAACAUGAACGCUUUGAGCGGGAUACAGUACAAAUUACCAGACCAAGCAGAACAAUUGAAUUUCUUUUUCUCGAUUCAGUAUUUUAUGAUGAAAUUUGGGGCGAUGACUGCUUGUUUUGUGGCACCAAUUUUACACGCCGAUGUGAAAUGCUUCGGAAUGGAUGACUGUUAUCCACUAGCGUUCGGAGUUCCAGCAAUAGUCAUGCUGAUUUCGUUUAUUAUAUUUUUGUGCGGCUCAUCAUUGUACGUAACGAAGCCUGCCAGCGGUAACAUGUUAGUGAAAGUAAUCGGCUGUAUUUUUCACGCAUUGGGUGAGAGACUAAGGCAUGGUAGAAAUGAAUCCAUUCAUCAUUGGUUGGAUUACUCCAUUGUAAAAUACGGACAGAUUCUCGUCAACGAAACGAAAGUCGUUCUAAAUAUUUUAAUUCUGUUCAUUCCUUUACCGAUCUAUUGGUCGGGCAUAUUACUGCAAAAUUCAAGAUGGGUCUUUCAAGCAUCAAAAAUGAACGGCGAUAUUGGCUGGUUCGUCAUCAAACCGGAUCAAAUGUUAGCCUUCAAUUCGGCAUUGUCAUUAAUACUGUUUCCACUGUGCGAAUACGUACUCUAUCCCCUACUGGCGAAGAUUGGUGUGAAAUCCCUCUUACACCGCAUAACCUUCGGUGGUAUCAUCUCGGCGAUUGCUCUUGGCAUAUCAGCUGUAAUCGAAACUCAAAUUGAAAAGCAUUUUUUGAAUAUUUUGUGGCUUAUUCCACAGUAUUUCUUUAUGGUAAUUUCGGAAAACUUUGUGUAUAUAGCAACGGUAAAUUUUGCGUAUAACGAAGCUCCGUCCAAUAUGAAAUCCGUAAUGACAUCGUUUGUAUUCGUUACGAUUGCCGGUGGAAAUCUAUUAAUUGCGCUAGUAACCGGAACAAAGGUUUUCAGUGCUCUGCUUUAUGAAUCACUAUUUUUCACAAUAUUAGUUUUCGUAGACAUGAUUUGCUUUUGGUUCAUUGCCAGACGGUAUAAUACCCAGACAAACAGGAAUAUGUCCGUGCUGUAAAUGGAUUUCUUAUUUACGUACUUAUUUUAUACAAUUAAAUUAAAACCUUUUCGAUAAAA